AUGCGCCCCCGUCUAACCCGCGCCCUGCAAAUCAAAGCCCCCGCUUUCCCCCGCACGCGCCAAUUCCUCGUCCCACCAUCCCGACUCACAUCCUCCCCGUGUUCCUGCCCCUCCCUCUCAACCACCGCAAAAACAUACCUCGCCCCCUCUCCAUACAAGCUCCAGAUCCGCAAUAUGUCCUCCGCACCCGCUAAGAAAGAGUUCCUCUGCAUCCUGCCCGAUUUCCCCGGUGCGCAGGCGAAGCGACUGGAAGUCCGGCCUCAACACCUCGAAAACGUGAAGCCGCUGGUUGCGUCUGGUCACAUCGUUGCUGGUGGUGCGAUGUUCGACUCACACCCCGCUGAGGGCGAGACACCUUCCUUUAAGGGGAGUAUGAUGCUUGCCGUUGCGGAGAGUGAGGCCGAGGUGCGCGAGCUGUUGGAGAAGGAUAUUUAUUCUACUUCUGGGGUGUGGGAUUUGGGGAAUGCGCAGAUUAUUCCGUAUAAGUCUGCGGUGAGACAGGCUUUGUAG